AUGGAGAAGCAUCCACAGGCUGAUCCCUCACAGAAAUCGCCUGUUUCAAAAGUUCUUCCACCUGCACCGCCAGAAGAAGCCAAUAAAGCAAACAGCAAUGGCGUGACCCACGAAUCUACUCCAGACAAAAAAUUAGAAUCUAGCCCAACGUUAGCUUCUAAGACAUAUCAAGAAACUAAACCUGAAACUUCAGCAGACGCGAAAACUCUUGAAAGUGCCGAUGUAGCUAGUAAAAAUGGACAGAUAUCUGGUAGUCAAACAGAUGCGGAUAAAUCCUUACCUCAUCCAAUCAUAUCAGUAGACAUCCAGAAAAGUAUGCCUUAUGAAAACAAACAAGUAGUUCCUGAAGAAUCAACAAAAUCAGAACCAGAUGUAAAACCUGAAGUUGUAGCUUCUGUGGUUACUACUGCUGUAGUCAAAGAAGCUACUUUAGCCAUCAACGAAACGGAAAGUAGUGUUCUAAAUGGAUCAAAAGUCACUAGUGAUUCAAGUAAAGUAGACGCAAUAGUUGAACAAGAAUUAGCUAAAAUUAGUGAUUCAGGUAGUGGUAAAACGGAACUAAAAACGACUGUUGUAUCUGAUGGUGAAUCGAAACCCUUGUUAAAUGGUGAUAUUGACCACUCGCCGAUAAGUGAAACAAUCAUAAGUGAUUCUUCUAAAGACGAUAAAUGCCCAAAAGACGCUGGAUUUAAAACUAGCACAAAUCAAGAAGUAGGAAAAGAUGAUGAAGUAGCAAAUUCGGAUGUAAGUUCUUGUAAUGGAGUGCCUGGGAUUAUAACUGUAGAAACUAUUACAAAAAAAGAUAACUCAAACACAUCUGAAAACAAUUUACAAACCGAAUUAACGAAUUCAGAUGCAAAACAAACUGCUGAGAAAGACUUAAAAAGUUCUGGUGACAUUAAAGAUUCUCCAAAUAAUAGAGAUUCCAAGGAAGGAGAAAAGUGCGAAAAGGCAGAAAAGGACAUUGACGAUUGUAAAAUGGCUCAAGAGAGCUCAACAGAAAAGACUAAUGUUUCGGUGCGCGAUGAAAACUUAACAGAUAGUGCAAAGUUACUAAAAGAAAACGGCGAUUCAGGUGGUAAGACGCAAAAUAAGAUUGAAAGUAAUGCUAGUACGGGAAAAAGUAAUUUACCAAAUGAGGAUGCAAAAACUGAUAAUGUUAAAGAUGAAAAAGAAUUCACUGAAACGUCGAAACCUUGUGAGCCUAUGACAGAACAAGGAGCAAAAGACACAACAAUUACAUCUGAAAAGGUAUGUGAUGAAACAGAAAAUAAAGAUAGUAAGAAACCUGGAAGUGAUCCUGCUAAAUCUCCCAGUAAAGAUUUAUCAUCAAAAACUGAAAAAGAAUCAGAAACUGAAAAAAGUAAUGCAAAAGACUCAGAGAAUGUAGUUUCUGAAAGUACAACAGACAAUUCAGAAACAUUAAGCAAGGGUAUAAAAGGUGUUUCAGACGAAAAACCUGAAUCUAAAUCUAGUGAAUGUGCUGCCGUUGAUGACAAAAGUAAAUCAGAUAGUUCUCCGGCUCGAAAGGAAAGCCCUAAUUUACAGCCAUCCAAAGAAGAACAAGAUAAAAGGAUCGAUGUAAAACCAGAAGAAAUUUCAAAAGUAGAAGAAACGGCAGAGGUGGAAUACGACAUGACAGCAUUGAUGACAUCACAAAUCCUAACUCCGGAAAUGCUGAAUGGUACUGAAGAUGACCAGCCAGUGAAAGACGUUUCUGCAAGUGAUUCUAAAGACGAAAAAGAUACCAGUAAAACAGAGGAUAAAGUUUUAACGAAAGCUGAGGACAGUUCUCGAAUAUCGGCAUCAAGGAGGUCCCCGGAAACAUGUGAUGUGGGAGUUGGUCUUGAUGAAAGAAAAAUGGCGCGUGUGGCAGCUAGCGACGGUGCUGAAGAGGAAGUGGAUGGGCAGCAAGCGACCACCGAAGUCGAAGUGACUGAAGAGUCACUCGCUUCCCAUCCUGACGAAGCAGACAGUGAAAAUCUGGUCCCCAGCGGGGCUCACAGCCCAACAAGUGUCUCUCCGUCGAGUGAUCGGUCUCAGUCUUCCACCAAGGUGUCUCCGACCCCAGCCAGCAAACCAUCUUCAGCAAUCAGCUCCAAGAAUGAAGAGUCCAAACCAGCUUCGGCUGUGUCCCGCUCUUCCAUUCCCGAUCCAAUUGUGUACGAGCCACCAGAGAGACGAAAAUCAGCCACUUCGACGAGCAGUGACGAAAAGAAAGACACUGAGCUUGAUAAAUCUCAGAAGGAUGAAAAGGAAUCAGAAAAAUCUUCUGAAGCUCAAAAAGUAGCGGAACAGGAAGCUCAAGAACCGGUUGAAGUAACUACGGAAAAUGUCGAUCAGUCAAAAGAAGGUACCAAAACCAAUGACGUUCAAGUGUGUCCUGAAAAAGGCUCUUCCGCUGAAGAAAAAGCAAACACCUCAGAAGAUGACACAAAAGGGGAAUCAAAACCGACAGAGAAGGAGAAAGGUGAAGAUGAUGCAAAAGAAAAAGAAGCUAUAUCCAAUAAAUCAGGAGAAAACGUCGAAACUGAAGAAACUGCUGCAGAAAAGUCUGAAGACGCAGCCAAGUCCAAAGCCGCAAAAGAUGAACAAAACGAGAAAACAGAUGAACGAGCUGAUACACCAGGGACGAAUGCACAAGAAGAAGAACCUGACAAAGAGAAGAAAGAAGAAGCCGAUACCGCACAAGAAACUGAUGCCAAAAAGGAAAGUGAAACUGAUGCCAAACCUGAAACUGAAUCUGUGGAAACUGCUAGUGCAGCCGAAGAGAAAGAAAGCAAAGAAGCAGACGAAACCAAAGCUGACGGAGAUGUUUCUGAAGUCAAACCUGACGAAGUAAAGGAAGAAAAGGAGGAAGACGUUAAAGAUGAUAAAGAUGAGAAAAGUAAAUUAGACGAUGAAGCACAAAAAUUGACCGAUGAGCCGACGACCCUCGUUGAAGAAGAUUCGAAGGCUGAAUCUUCUGAAAAGGAGGCCACCGGCCCAGAGGAGAAGGAGGAGGAUGAGGCGGAGGAGAAAAAGGAGGACAAAGGAGACGCGGAGGAAGGAGAAAUUGUGCGAGAAGAUGAGACGCAAAAAGAGGCGGAAAAUGAAGCGAUUGAAGAAACGGAAACAGUGAAAAUUGAAGAGCAGGAAGAGCAGAAAGAACCUGAAGAAACAGAGGAAAAAGCUGAUGAAGUUGAAGCAGCCACCGAAGAGGAGCCUAAGGAAGAGGACAAAGAGGAGGAAAAGGAUGUAGAAAAGGAAGAAGCGAAAGAAGAAGAAACGGCAGAAGGAAAAGAGCCUGAGCCCACGGAUGAGCCUGAAAAACAAGAUGACGAAAAAGGAGAAGAAUCCGAAGACAAACCGGAAUCGCCUCCAAAAUCUCCUACUAAAAGGAUGAGGUCACCUGACAAAUCUGGAAGACGAGGUGUUUCACCUAUUUCUUCACCUCCGAAGCCAUUGAAGACUCCACCUUCUCCUCAAAAGCCUCAGAAGUCCACUUCUCCGAAAAAGAAGAAUGGUAUGCUUUCUCCAAUCAAGACGCCAAAAACGCCUGGAUCAGAUGGAAGAAAAUUGCCGCCGAUUAAAGCGCCCGUUGGCCUAGCUCCUAAUCCCAACUUGAAAAAUAUUCGCUCGAAAAUUGGAUCGUUUGACAACAUCAGAUAUAAGCCCGGAGGUGGUGACAAGAAGGUUAUUAGCAGCAAGAAAUUAGAAUGGAAAGCGGCCCCUAAAAUUGGAUCGCUGGAUCACUCCUUGAAGGGGGAAAAGAAGCAUUCGAAAAGCUUUUCCAAAGGAGAGUCAAAGGAAGGAAAAUUAGUCGACGGACAAAGUCCUUUGCCAUCUGGUGACGAGGGAGAACAGGAUGGCGCCGCUGCAGCUACAGAAAGUCUGAUCAAAACGGAAAGUGGGCCUUCAACGGAAAUGCCUGCAGCAAUUGCUGCCGAGUCUUAAGGAUAUAUCUAUAAGCUAUGUAAUGAAAUUAAUCAGUAAUGGUAAAUAAUUAAAUUGUUGUUCUACUCUUGGUAUGUAAAAAAUAUAGGCAUUUAAACCUGAAUCAAAAUCAAAAAACUGACCACAUGUGCGCUUGUGUUCUA